AUGGAUAGAUCAACAGCCACCCACUGCAGUUGGGCCGUGGCAUCGUCGCCCAUUGCAACAUGCGCUCUUUCUCUGGUGGCGCGCCUUAUGCAAUGCACGAGGCCUCAGGCCGCAGAUUGGCUCGCCAGACGACGUCGCAUUGAUCAGGAGAUGGAGACGGAGACGCAGAGGCAAACACAGCCACCGCAGAAACGGACUCGAUUCGCAAAACGCAGCAGCUCUCGAACCAGCCCGGAGUGCCGGCUGCGGUGGGACCGGCGAAGAUCAUUUCAUCGCCAGCUAGCACUUACUCGCGAGCGCUGCCGUCUCCACGCCAAUGGAUUGCGCCAGCGGUUAUUCCUGGGCUUGGGUCGCAAUUUCGCCGUGCGUCUUGUCUGCUCGCUGGGCUUCUGCGGCGCAUCCCAUCCUGAAGCAGAACUGAGCACAUCGCCGGUGGAACCAACGCCCACAGAACGAGGUCCACGGAUAGCUCCGCUCGCUCAUGCGUGCACUGCAGCGGCCAAGGCAUUGGCUGCGACGCUCCAGAUAUGGACAUGGCAGAGCCCGGCAAGGGUGCGUGCUGGCAAACGACUCAAUCUUUACCUCUUUACCGCACAGGCACUAGCAGCGAUGCGUCGAGGAUUAGGCUGCGCUUGGAACGAUAUUGUGCCCAGCAAACCACGUACAGGAGGGUGGGCUGGCGAUAAAUGGUACGCCGAGCGGGAUAAUUGCCUCGUCGGAGUCAUCCCGGGAUGCGAACAAGUCGACGAGCUGCUGCUGCUGGAAGUGGCUGGACCAGGAUGUUCCCUGCAUGUACACGAGAGUACGCAUCAGGGCAUUGGUAGCAACACUUGCGAAAUAAUGAGAAGAUGGAAUGAUACGACAAGAAUGAGCGCCGGGGAGCCUGAGCUGCCGCCGAGUCUCGAUCCGGCCAGAUCCAUGCCGGAGGCGGUGCUAUUAGCGGCUGCUCUUGAGCCUCACACUGUCCGAGAUGACAAAGACGAGUCCGCAGGCUCUUGUACUCGCAGGCGUCUCCUGGGCGCGGCGGUACAUGGGAUUGAAUUCGACCGAUUCGCCGUAGUGCGAGAUACGGAAGCAGAACUCGGCUCUGCACUACUUGGAUCGACGCAGGACAAGGAUGAAAAGCCUUUUUCCGCCGUGGCACGGAAGCUGGUUUCGAUUUGCUGCGUAUUCGCGCUGUGGCGGCCAGGCACAAAUGGUCGAGCGUCGAAUGGGGCUUCAUCAGGCAACGGCAGCAUGACUUCAGAGCGCAUCCAGCGCAGGCGGCCACACCCUGCUGCAGGUUACAGUGCAGGACAGUGCCAUUUCCCUCUUCUGCAGCAGCUGGCCCUGGCCCCUGCCGAUUGGCCGCCGUCGAGCCUGCUGGGGUCCGCGCGCCGUUCGACCAACAACAUGCGUUCGGCGCCUUCGCGGCGACGCACCGUGCGAGCCCCGCCCAAUCCCCACGGCAAGCAGCGGCCCGCUGUAGCCCUCCUGGGCUGCCCCGUCCCAGGCCUCUGCGGCGAUUGCUCCAGCGGUCUCCAGCCUGCUCCGGCGCCGACAGCGCACUGUGAGGCCCUGGUCCGGGCUAGCGGGCGCAGCAGAACAGGCGGCUGGACGCUGGACCGCACAGUCCCGCCACUGUGUCGCCGCAUGGUGGGCGACUCGCAAGUGCCCUUUCGUCGCUCGUCCGUCGCCAAACCUCUUCCUACUCUUCCUCUGCUCCGUCUUGCUCAAGCAGCAUCUUUUUUUAUCUCUGCUUCGCCGUUCGACCUGAGCGACGCCCAAGCCGCUGUUCUGUGCGCAAAGCUCUGCUUGGGAUGCUUGUGGUUCUCGCGGGAACGCGCCACGCCCUCACGCCCCGUUCUCGUUAAUCAGGUAUUUGCUCUGUCCUGUGACUCGGCGCUUUUCUGUCGUGCUGAGGCUGGCAGCUUCCGCCCCUCCAUUGUCCUGCUACGACCUCCCCGCCAAAAAUACAGUCAUCGCGCGCAGCUUGCAGCUCGGCUCAACCACCCCGCGAAGCGCCCUGCAGCAGCUGUUCUGCUCGCUCUCGCCGUCGCCAGCCUCGCUCCCCCGGUGUCGCGCGCCUCCAACAUGUCCAACUCAACCACUGCCAGCGCCAGCGUUGGCGGCAACGCUGCCCCCAACGCAGACGACUCUGCGUCGACGAUUACCGUCAACACGACGCCCAAAGCCGCGCCGAACUUCCCUCCGCCCAAGACCGACAAGCCGCGCCCGCACGUCUGUUCCACCUGCCAGCGCUCCUUUGCCCGACUGGAGCACCUGAAGCGCCACGAGCGCUCCCACACAAAGGAGAAGCCGUUUGAGUGCCCUGAGUGCUCGCGAUGCUUUGCCCGCCGCGACCUGCUGCUCCGCCACCAGCAGAAGCUGCACCAGACGUCGACGCCCUCGGCACGGCCUCGAAACCGCCGCGAGUCGACCAGCGGCGUGCCCCCGGGCCAGAGCCGGGCUCGCAAGAACAGCGUUGCGGGCGCCAGCCAGGCCGCGGCGGCCAGCAGCAACAACAACAACCCCGGCUCCAACACCAUGCGUCCGCGUGCAAACACCAUCAGCCAUGUUGACGGCGCCGCCAUGCAGAUGAUCGCCUCGGCGAAUGCAUCCGUUGCUAGGAGCAUGCACGGCGGACACAGCCGCCACCCCAGCCUGGCCGGCCUGCCAAUGCACAACUUUGACCAGAUGUUUACGGGCAUGACCAUGGCCGCCAUGGGCCAGAGGGCCAUGAUGCACGGCCUCCCCAAGCUGGAGACGGGGCAAAUCGGCGGUACCGAUUUUGAAAACGCCCUCCGCACAGCGCCUCCCCUCGCGGCCUUCAACCCCGACUUUGAUUUCGAAAGCAUCCUGUUUGGGCCGGGCACCACCAUCAACCCCAACGCCCUUCACUAUAAUGAUUCCCCUCCCUCGAUGGUAAUGGAGCAGGCCUCCCCGUUCGCGUCGGCCAUCAGCGAUGUGCCGCCGAACCCAACCUUUGACGACACAUUUGACUGGCUGAGCGGCUUCGACCAUCAAAUGUCCUUUCAGACAAACGAAAACGUGGUGGACGAGUCGAGCCCGUCGGCGCUUAGCACGACGAGCCAGAGUGGGAUUAGCGAUGUCAUGGUGGAUGGAUCAAAUCACCCUGUUCCGGCCGGGACGAGUACCAUGUGGCAACCCUCCGUGAUGGGCCCCCCGCAGAUGCCAAAUCCCUUUGCGAUGGAUCUGAAUGGUUCAGUCUUCCCGGAUCUCCUCAAUGGAGCUCCUUUAUCACCUCAGCCAGCUACUCAAAAGAUCAAUGACCCAUACUUCUCCACGCCCCCACCAUCGCUGAGCUCGUUGAGCCCAAACGUCGUAUCUGGACUGAACACGCAGAGCAUGAACCACACCCUUGCCUUCAAUGCCGGCCCGGAAACCCCAUCGUCCCUCAACGGCGUCGUUAACCAUGGCGCUUCGCCCGUAACCACAAUCACAGAUGCCACUAGGACUACCAUUGUGAAUAUCCUCUCCCAGUGCCUGCCCUUUGGAGGCCGUAAAUACUCCUUUACCUCUCAUACCUCACCGCAGUCGCCGCAGUUCCCAUCGUCGUCAUCCGCCGGGUCCACCCCUUCUGCCCCGGCUGUCAACGUGCCCAGUACCCAGAAUCUACAGCGUUAUGUCUCAGCCUACAUUACUUAUUUCCAUCCCCAUUUCCCCUUUUUGCACCUGCCCACGUUGUCCUUUGAUAUGUCCGCGUCCUCCCCGAGUGGGCGUCAGAAUGGUGUAGGCGGUAGUGGAUGUCUGGUGCUCGCGACGGCUGCCAUUGGCGCCUUGUAUGAAAUGGAGCACGCUCAGUCCAAGGAACUCUUCAAUAUGGCUAAGAAGAUGAUCUUUUUCUACCUCGAAGAAAGACGCAAAGCAGAUGUCCGCAAAGCAGAUAAUAUCCGACGCAGCUCGCACAGCGAAUCCGAUCACCACCAGCACACGCAGUCUUCGCCAUCUCAAGGUAGGGAUAGCUCGGCGCACACGCCCGUCUGGCUCGUCCAGGCCAUGCUGCUCAACGUCGUGUACGGCCAUAACUGCGCCGACAAGACCAUUAGUGAUAUUGCCUCGACUCACUGUGCAGCGCUCGUCAGCCUCGCCCAAGCCGCCGAUCUGUUGCGCCCUGAACAAGACGACUCCGAAGACGCCCGGAUGAAUGAUGACUCAACAGCUUGGAGCAGGAAAAGUGAAGCCGAGGAGCGACAAGAGUGGCUGCACUGGAAGCGGAAAGAGGAGCGCAAGCGCACGCUCUACGCCGUCUUCAUCAUGUCCAGCCUCCUCGUCGCCGCCUACAACCACACUCCGGCGCUGACCAAUUCAGAAAUCAUGCUGGACCUGCCUUGCGACGAAGAAUUCUUCGCUGCCGAAUCAAGCUCUGCCUUCUUCGCCAAGGGCGGGGUCGAGGCCGCCAACCACAACAGACUCAAGUUUGCCGAUGCUCUCGGAGAGCUCCUGCGCACAAAUGAGCGACAACAGAAGCACAUGGCUGCGAUGAAUGGCGGACGGCUCUCGCCAGCGACGCUUCCGCCGUCGAAUCUGAAGCCCAGCACUUUUGGCUGCCUGAUCUUGAUCAACGCUUUGCACAACUACAUCUGGGAAACCCGACAGAGGCAUCACAACAAAGUCUGGACCAACGAGGAGACCGAAAAGAUGCACCGACACAUUGAGCCAGCUUUGAAGGCGUGGCAAGCAGCCUGGUCCAGUAACCCGAAGCACUCCGUGGAGCGACCAAAUCCAUUCGGCAUGGGACCACUCUCCGCCGACGCAAUUCCUUUACUUGACUUGGCAUACGUGCGGCUCUUUGUCAAUCUCUCCAGGUCAAAGGAGAAGUUUUGGCAACGAGAUUGGGAUGGCAUGGCAGAGGAGUUGGCCCGGGGGACGGAGAUUGUGCAGCAUGCCGAGCACUCCCCAUCAUCCAACGUGGAACCUGUCGGCAAUGACGCCUUUGACAGCACCCUCUUUACUGGCUCUCCUUCGAUUCCGCCAUCAGCAAUGGACCUGUCGAACAACAAGUCUCCCUUUGCCAGCGGCUCUCCCUUUGCUACUCGAACCAUCUCUCGCCGCGAGCGCCAUUUGCGGAAAGCUGCCUUUUAUGCGGCCGAUUCAUUGGCAAUGUCGGAUAAGCUUGGAGUAACUUUUGCUGAUUUCACCAGUCGUGAACUGCCCCUACAAUCCGCCAUGUGCGCUUUCGAUUGCGCGCAAGUUCUUGCCGAGUGGGUUGCCACCGUACAGGACAGAGUUGGCCGCUAUCUGGGAAUCCUCGGCCGAGACCCUAUUGAUGGCACAUCGAUGCCUGCCAUCAUGCUGCUGGAAGAAGAGGAUGCCCAACUGAUCGAAAAGAUACAUGCAGUGCUGUCCUCGGCAGAGAUGAAGAUUAGUUUGGAUCUCAUGGGCAGCUUAAAUUCUGACGACGGAUAUAAUGGCGGAUUCGCGACCAAGAUCCUUCGCGUCACUUCUCAGAUGUUGGACAAGGCCGCUGUUUGGCCAGUUACUCAUUUGAUGUCCCGAUGCCUUGACAUUCACGCCAAUCACAUGCGAGUCAGGACAGACAAGUCGGUCUUGGCAACGGAGUAAGGAGUAAGGAGAGAACUGAUGGGCUGCAGCUUGAGAUUGGGGUAUCCGAUUUCCUCGAUGCCUGCCACUUCAGGAUGCGUCGACCAGAGAGAGGAGGGAAAAAAAAUAAGGAAAGGAAAAUGAUUGGAGCCCUCAAGAGUUUGACAGCCAGUCCUUCAACAGGGAAUCGACUCUACGAUUCUGGGUGUCUGUACAACUGGACAACACCACGGCCGUUCAUUGUCGCGUUGGACUUGCGAACUUGAUCAAAACGAGUUGUUCAAAGUCCUACACUUGAGGUGCCCCACAAACAAGGGAAAACCAAGAAAGAAAAAAAAGAGAGAAAAA